AUGGAUGAAUCAUUGUCGAGCAUCAUGGAGGUGAGGGAAGAUUUCAUGGUUUCACCAGAUGGUGACAGUAAACCAACUUUGAGAUCUGCCUAUUUUCAGAAACCCCUUGCAAAGUCCCUUGAAGGAUCAAUUUCUGAGGUCCUUUCAACUUCUAUGAAUAUGCCACUGCCACCUGUUUUUGAACCAAAGAAGUGGCCUUUGAUUGUCCAUUUCAGCUGGUGGCGCUCCAGAAAACGGAAAUGGGUUGAAUGGGUGGAUGCCCUUCGAGACAGGUAUGAAUCAGUGUGGAAGAAAGUUGGUAUCUUUGAAGCCAUCAUGAGUACCAAGUGUUCCCUGGUGAAAGAUCGGAACUUGUGUAUUGGGGUUGCUGAGAAGUGGUGUCCUCAGACAAAUACCAUUUUAUUUCCAUGGGGUGAGGCAACAAUCACCUUGGAGGAUGUUAUGGUGUUGGGGGGUUACCCUGUUGUUGGUGAUCCUAUCUUCACCACACUUCAAAGCCAGGAAAUGAUAGAAGUGCAGGAAAAACUGAUUCUUGCAAGAAAGGAACCUUGGAAGAGGAAUAAAGGUAACGUUUCCUUAUCAGCAUGGAUGGAUAUUUUUCGCAAUAGUGGUAGUGAAAUAGAGCAUGAAGCAUUCCUAGCAACUUGGUUGACAAUGGUUGGUUUUUCCCCCAAUGACUGUGUUAAUCAACUUGUUUUCCCUAUUGCCAUUCAUCUUGCUAGAGGGAACCCCAUUGCUUUGGGACCAACAGUUUUGGCCAGCAUAUAUCAGGAUUUGUCUUUGUUAAAGGAAACAGUAGUUGACUUGACAAAAAAAACUAGUACUUGGUGA